CAAAGGUGCACAAGGGUUUUUUUUACUGGCAGCAAAUGUCAAACAGAAGGAGAAGGGGCUGGAAUACCUCAGAAAGCUUGUUGUGUUUAGUCAUCCUAAGGAAAACUUUGAGGAGCAAUAUUAUCACUUUAAUGUUAUCACUCAGUGCUUAGAAAUUUUGGGGAAAGGUGUAAACCACAGUCUUGGUGGCUAGUGCCUAAAGGGAGCAAAAAACACACCCAAAAAUGGGGGGAUUUGCACCUUUCCUGAAUAUGGGAAGCCCUUUAGUCAAGGAGGGGUGGAUGACCCCAAACAGUCCAUGUUCCUUUUAGCCACGUUGCCACACUCGCUUGGAUUUGGCCCCAACCUGCUCUUCUGUAAAAAUAUUUAUUCAAACAGAUCUGCUUAAGAACAUUUUAAAGCACUGAAUUUUGGAGUGAAAAAGACCUGCCUGUUUAAAAGCCAUUUAAGGAGAAAGGUGCUUGAAGCAGGGCCGUGGGGCUGGAGAGGAGGAGGUGGUGGGAGACUCUGCAGAGUAAACAAUGGAGUCAGACAUAAAAGUGAACCAAGAUUUUAAAAGCCAGUUUAAGGCUUAUCAGAAGCAACAGCAGAGGCGGCUGCAAAAUGUGAUGGAGAGGAAGAAGGAAAAGCAGAACAGUCAGAAGGAUAAUGGCAACACAGGGGAGACUUUAGGAACCCCAGAUGAUCUAAACCUGUUUGAAGUAGGACAACUUGUAAAUGAAGAUGGCAGCAACAGGUUUCUCGAGGCUGGAAACGAGCAGCUGCAGGAUCAGCUUCGAGAGGUCCGAGAUGAGAACUGCAGAUUGUACAAACUGGUGACAGAGAAAGAUUUUGAAAUAAAACAACUCCAGAAAAAAGUCCAGGAGGACAGGUUGGCUUUGGCGGGGACUUCUGGGUUAGCUGGAGAUGUUGCAGCCACCAAAAUAGUGGAAUUGGCCAAAAAGAACCGUGAGAUAACUGCUGAGGCCGAGAGUGAAAGAGCCAAAGUGAAGCAGCUGAAUCACAAAGUCAAGGAGCUGGAGAGAGAACUACAGGCAGCUGUAGAAAAAAUACAUUCCCUUGGUGGUGGUGGAAUCAAGGAAUCAACUCUGAAGAUGCUGGAAGAAAACUUGGCUGAGAGUCCAGAGGUGAAAGCCCUGCAAGAAAAAUUAAACACAGCCAACUUUAAAGCCAUGGAAUAUCGGAACCAGCUCCAGUCCUCCAGACAGGAACUGAAGAUGACCCAAAAGCUCUUGGCAAAUGAAAUUGGGGAAGAUGUGAAUAUUCAAAGUCUCUUGGCCAAUUCUGGCAGCUGGCGUGGGCGGGCCCAGCAGAUCCUCGUUCUCCAAAACAAGGUUCGAGAGCUGGAGAGUAAGCUGGGUCAAAACAAGACCAGAAGAUCAGUGAUGGACAUUGAUGAGGAAUUCCUGGCCCUUGAGGAUCCAAGGAAGUUGUCAGCCCAGGAGAAGCACUUGCUGAAGCUUCGCAAUUUGGAGAAAGAAAAGAAAGAGGCUUUGGAGAAACUGGCCGGGGAACACCGCGCUCUCCAAAACAGCCACGAGGAAGUGAACAAAAAACUCGAUGCAUCAAAAGCCAGGAACAAAAUCCUGUGUGGUGAACUGAAAAUCCUGAAGGCACAGGUUGUAACCUUGCUGGAGAAAGGAAAACACGAUGAUGAGCUCAUAGAUGCCUUGCUGAGCCAGCAGAAGCAAAUGCAGGAGAUCUUAAAAGACCUGAGCCAGAAGGAGGAUGAGAACAAGGAGUCUUGGAAAAUAGGGCAGAUGUUGAACAAUGAGACUGAGGAACAAAGCUGCCUCAUAGAGCACCUCAGGGAGCUGGUGGCAAAGGUUAAAAAGAUGGAAGAGGCAAUUGGGAAACUCACACUUCAGAAGGAAUCUGCCCAUCAAGGGAAGGGUUCAGGAGCUGCUGAUACACCACCUUCUGAGCACUCUGAGGCACCUCUGGCACCAGGCAGCAGUGAGGUUGCAAGGACUGACUCUGCCCGCACAGUGUCCAGUAUGGGCCACACGCUUGUGGAAUCAGCAGCCACGAGGCCUUCCCUUCUUAGGGAUGACAUCCCACCUGGAGGGCUCCCUGGCACCGACAUUCCAGAGAGGAAGGUGCUGCAGACACAGCUCCCGGAGCACGGGGCUCUGUGCCAGGCUGCUGAGGUGGAGAGGGACACGUUCCUGGCACUGAUGACUGUGCUGCAGAAAAGGGUGGAGGAAAGCAGCAAUAAAGUCUGGGAAGCUGAGAAGAGGCUUCAGAAACAGCAGUGGCAAAGUGUCGUUUUGGAACAGGAGCUUGAAAAGCUGCAAACGGAUCCAGGGAAAAACACAACAGGACAGAAACCACCCCUGAGGAGCGGAACAGUCCAGUCUGUGGAUCACUCAAGACUUCCCUUAAAUGUGAGUGACAGGAAGGAGCUCCCUGCAUUCCCCCUGUCCCAGCUGCCCCUGGAAUCACAGGGAGAGGAGCUGAACAUGAGGCUUGUGACCCAGCUGGCUGAGAACGAAGCUCUGCAGGCUGCUUUGGAAUCGACUGUGAGAAAGAAAGAGGAAGAUUUGAAACUGUAUCAAGACACAAUGGAGCAAGUGAAGAAAAUCUUUUUACAGGCCAUUGAGCAGCAGAAACAGGAGAAGAGUUAAGGGAGAUAUCCUGAGUUCUUUGCGCUGCAGAGCAAGGAGAGAGCCCAGGCAUCGUGCCUGGGAAUUGGAGCAGUGGCAGUGUAGUUUUGCAACCUCAGAUCUUCAGCAUUUACAGGAGAGGAUGAGAAACAGAGAUGAAAUACAAAAAGUAGAGGUUUCAUGUGUCAGCAGAUUCUGUCUGUGAGUUGGCAAGCAGGGCUGCACAGGCUGGAGUUGGUGCACUUAGAAAGCUGCAAAUCCUCAGUGGGAUUUUGGGCAAAACCUCUCUGGUUUCAACACAAUGUUCCCUGAGAGGGAAUAUUCAAUGUGCCUUUAUCAGCUCAGGAAGGAAUUUGCUGUACAAAAGUUAGUCCAGCCCCCUUCCUUGGAACAAACUGAGUUCUGUUUUUAUCAGCACCCUGAUACCUGUCUGUCUCAGGCUUUCUGCAGCACUUCAGUGCUGAGGGACAGGGUUAGCCUGGCCUGUGAAUGUCUGCAAGUGAAUUUUGGGGUGGCUCCACUCACCAUUCCAGCCUGUUUCUUUGCUUGAAGAGGUUUCUGAAACUCAGUGGAGUUUCCACUGAAAAGCUACACUGUGCAGAUCACCCCUGCAAUGAGUCAGACCUACCUUAAACUCAGCCCAUUCCUCACCAAAUUCACCAUCCAGGUUAUGAAUUCCCUAUUUCUGGGUCUCUGCAUUCAUCCAUCAGGCAGAUCUUGUUCUCUCUGGGAAGAAAUGCCACAAAACACAGGCAGGUCCUCACUGCAGCAGUGCUGGGACUUCUGGGGGUGCUGCCAGCCCUGCCAGCUCUGUCCUUCUCUCCUGCAGCACAGUGAGAACACGGAGUGCAAGCUAAUAAGGCAUUAACACGCAUCCUGCCAGGGAGAGCAGCCUUGGGGAUUCCAGGCAAAUGGAGAGCCAGUCAUUUUUGUAUAGUGCUGCUUUUGUUUCUCAGCUGAAAGUCUUGAAAGCUCUUCUUUUUCUGCUUUGCUUUGUCAGCCUCUUUCUCUGAGCCUGAAGUUUGUGAGGCUUUAAACCCAGACAACACCACCAGGGCAAAGUGGAUUUUCGUGGAGAAAAACUCCCCUUCCCUGUGCUCCCUUCCCCAGCACAGGGAUCUCAUCCUGACUCCCCUUGUGCAGAGUGAAAAAGUGCAGAGCAGGACUCACUCCAGGUGUGUUGUCCCUGCCUUUUUUUCCUGCUUAGAUUCAAAGAUGUCUCUUUUCAGACAGCUCAUGGAGUCCCUGAUGGAGGAAGUCACGGAGCUGAGUUUAAACUCAGCUCCUGGGAGUUACUCUCUGUACUUCCCAGCCCUACCCUACUCCCCCAGCACUGCCCUAUAGCUCAGCAAAGCUGUCAGGUGCCUCUCUUGCAAAAAGCAGGACCAAAACACUUCAUUGCCACAUUUUCCUUCCUCACCCUGCCAGCUGCAUCAGAGGAUAAAGCAUCUUGCAACCUGUGAUCGUCCCUGGACAACUUGAGGAAUAAAUCCUGGGUUGAGAGAGAGAGAAAGAGGCACAGUUUCAUCCAAGUGAGCUGUGCUUUGUUCCUGUUCAGCUCCAUCCUGAUGAUUAUGUGAAGGGGAAGAAAUCAUCCCACCUCUGGCAGAUAUUUUAAGGACCUGCAGGAGUGGGCAGAUCCCCUUGAAAAGCUGCCUGAGCCAGGGCAGGGCUGUGGAGACUGUGCUGUGCUAAAUCCGGGCAGCUGGAGAUUCUGAUUUCGCUUACACAGGAGUGUGUAAUCCUUACAUGGAGUGUGAAUCCAUAAUAUUUUCCCAGCAGUGGAGCAGAGCAAUCUGCCUUCCUUCCUUGUCUCCUGUCCCAGUGAAGCAGUGGGAAUCAAACCACUCUCCAGUACAAUGGCUCUGAAUCAGCCCAUGGAGCACAGGGAAGGAGCUGGGAUGUUACAGAACACAUAUGGCUCACCAGCACACGCUGCAGACCUUUUUUUCAAGUGCUGCAACACUCAUUUCUUUAAACAUAUGCUUGUUUGGGGUUGCUCAGAACCAUUUUCCCUUUUUUUUUCCUCUGCACACAUGCACACACAGAGCCUUGACAAGGAAUUAAACCACUAUAAACCAGUUUAUUUAGAGAGCCUGUACCUGUAAGUAGCUGUUUCUCAUGGAAAUGUGCAAUCUACCAUCAUGUAGUGGGGGGGGCCUGAACACAGCCCAGAUUGUCCAGGGCUUCUCAGUUUUCACCUUCAUUUUGAA